AUGCUGCUUGUCAUCCUCUACAUCUAUGUCGGGUACAGAUUAUGUCGGACGAUUGUAGCACUGAUCAAGGCGAUUUUCGUUUACUUGAUCGCGCCGUUGUUCUAUAAGCCGAACCUCAUGAAGUACGCGAAUCGAUGGACAGUGGUGACCGGAGGAACCGACGGUAUUGGAAAAGCGUACACGAUUGAGUUAGCAAAGAAGAGUUUGAAGAAAUUCGUACUCAUCGGACGAAAUCAAACCAAACUGGAUGACUUGAAAUCGCUUCUUGAACAGACAUACGGCUGCAGUGUCAGGACGUAUCUCUUCGAUUUUGACGAGGAUGACUACGACAAACUUCGAGAGUAUAUUUCACAGAUCGACAUCGGAUUUGUCUUGAACAGCGUUGGCGUUUCUGGGAAAAUAUGGACCGCUUCGGGCGAUAAACCAGAGGAAGAUCGACAAAUCCUCAAUGUAAACGCCCUCGGAACAGCUGAGGUGCGCAACGGAGAAUUUCCUCUUGAUCGCUUCGUGAAUUAUGUGACAAAAUUUGGCGCUAUUCGUCUGAGGGGAGGG